UUUCCCAUCUCGUGAGCUCCGUGUACGUGGGCCAGCGUGCGCGUAAGACUGGGGUUUAGCUGUUACUGUCCGGUGUUUAGCGAAGAGGUAACAGCCGCUAACAAGAUGGACAGUAUGGAGGUAACUGACAGCUAGUGUAUGCCUGUGUAGACAGACAAGCCACCGACGUUGUUCGUCUAGAUACCAGCAGCAGAAAUGGCGGGGAUUAUUAAAAAGCAGAUCCUGAAACAUUUGUCAAGGUUCACCAAGAACCUGUCCCCGGACAAGAUCAACCUGAGCACGCUGAAAGGGGAAGGGCAGUUGUCCAACCUGGAGCUAGAUGAAGAGGUCCUUCAGAACAUGCUUGACCUGCCGACCUGGUUGGCCGUCACACGGGUCUACUGCAACAAAGCCGCCAUUAGGAUACAAUGGACAAAGUUGAAAACAAGCCCAAUUUGCCUGUUUUUGGAUAAAGUGGAGGUUGAGAUGAGGACAUGUGAAGAGCCUCGUCCACCCAACGGCCCCUCUCCCAUUGCUAUAACAGCAGGACAGAGUGAAUAUGGCUUUGCUGAGAAAGUGGUUGAGGGCAUGUCUGUCAGGAUCAAUUCCAUUACCAUCAAGGUACAGGCUCGUGCCUUCCACGCCUCCUUCGAGCUGUGGCAGCUGCAGGGCAACAGCCUCAACCCCAAGUGGCAGCGCAGUGACCUUCGCUACACCCGCGUCACUGAUCCCAAGAGAGGAGAGGUGUUGACUUUUAAAGAAAUUAACUGGCAAACGUUACGAAUCGAGGCAGAUGCCAUUGAGAGUGAUGACCAGGACCUUGGCAGUACCCCAUUACGUCUCAUCACUAACCAGGGACGCAUUCGCAUCGCUCUAAAACGCAGAAUAAAGGACUGCAAUGUGCUGGCAUCCAAGCUGCUUUUCAUUCUGGAUGACCUGUUGUGGGUCCUGACAGACUCUCAGCUCAAAGCCAUCAUUCAUUAUGCCAAAUCUCUGAGUGAAGCCAUGGAGAAGUCAGCCCAGCAGAGAAAGAGCAUGACUGCUGAAUCCUUACAGACGGCUCCUCCAUCUCCUGUGAUCCACAGCCUCUGGACAGAACCCCCACCCUUCUCCACAAGCUCCCCCAACAACAUAAGUCAAUACUUUGAUCUUUAUGAUGUCAAGGAGUCAUCCUACCACACUUUCAUAUCACGCUUGGACUUACACAUAUGCAAUGACAGUUCUUCAGUGGAUGAAGAUGAGCCUCCCCCACCGGGCCUGCAGGGUGCCAUGCAGCUAACCUUUAGGAAGCUGGGCUUUGACUACUAUCCCAUUCACAGACCUGCUGACGGGUGUCGACACUGGGAACGCUACAGUGGAGCCAUGGAGGCGCAGGCCCAGUGGGCAGGAAAGCUGCUGCAGGAAUAUCAGAGGAGAGCUGAAGCCUGUGGGUUCCCAGGGCCACAUGCUGAAGGGCCCCAUCCAGCCAAGGACUCUCCUGCAAAGACUGCCAAGGAUGGACAGACUAGCCCCAAGAUGAACCCGUCUGACAAAGAGCAGGCAAACAGCAGGAACUCAAUAACAGCUUCUUUAAAUUCAAUCCUGAAGAGGCUGCGAUCUAGCUGCGUGGUGAUCAGGAUGGAUGAUGUGGACAUUCACCAGGUGUCUACAAGGAGCCGUCACAACAAGAAGACUCAUUUAAUAUCUUGCAACCGGAAAGCUCUGCGUUUGCCUGAUAAUGUACCAGCAGUUCAUCUGCAGUUUACAGAGUAUUACUUCCCAGACAGCUCCAAUUUACCAGUGCCCACUUCAAAUCUGUAUGUCCAGUUAAACAGCCUUCAGCUAUGUGUGGAUGCAGCCAGCUUGCUGUGGAUCAGUCUGUUCUCCAGGGGUCUUCUGCAGACCCUGGACCAGGUCAAAGCAUUUUACCAUUUGCAGGAUAGUAAAAAGGCUGAAGAGCAUGUAGACAUCCGCAUGGACGCAGCUCAGCUUAAGCUGAUUAUUCCUCUGGAUUCCUCAAUAUUGGACCAUCCUGAACGUCCACAGUCACUUUCUGUUAUUGUCCUCCAAAUGGCUCUCAGCAACACUCGCCACUGCCCUCAUGGCUCCACAGCUGACCUCAGCACUAUGUGUGAAAAAUUUACCGGCUGCUCUUUCUUCCAGUCAACACCACCUUGUCCUUACCCCAGAGAUCAGAGUGCCUUCCACCCCAUUCCUUCCGCUUUCCUUCGGCACUUUCAAGAAACUAAGCCUCAGCCUCUGGACAAGAAGCAGCUACGAUCCCAGGAUAUCUGGUCUCUCAAUAUGUCACGUGUUACGCUGGGUUUUGAUGGAGCUCGGCAAUUUCCCAAAGGGAAAACUCAACCAUUUAUUGAGCCGUUUGCGAUGUCUGGGUGGAUGUGCCAGCCAUCUGCCUUUAAAAGUGAAUCUUGGUCUUCCUCAUCCAGUCCUGACAGAGAUCACCAUAUUUCCUCAGACGAGGAGCCUCAGCAGGGUGAUGCCUCUCUUGCUUCUAUACAUUUCCUGGUCCACACUAUCACCCCACUAAAGAUGUGGCUCAAUCACUACCAAUACGUUGCCCUGCUGAGGAUGAAGGAUGCCAUGAUUCGGCUGGGGGCAGAGUUGAGCCAGGAUCUGCAAGGUGAUAAACAAACUCAUGGCCAGAAGACCAGACCACCCACAGUUUGUCUUGCUCUUCUGGUGGACUCAGUGGAACUGGGUCUGCUUUUGCCCCCAGCCUCCGCUGGACCAGAGGACGAGGUUCCCCAGACUCCAGAAACAGACAGCCCCAGCAUGACAGACUCCAACAUUUCCCCAACUCAUCACUCUGUUGAUGGCAUCCUGGAGGACAGCGGUUUAGAAAACGGCAUCUCUUCCAUUAAUAGAGCUGCUGCUGCAUUAGAUCGGGAUGAUCAAGAUGGUGUGGUGGAGCAGGCUUAUGAGGCUGUAGAGGAGGAGGAGAACGGAUUGACAACAAAGGAGGAGACCCCUGGUCUGUCACCUCCCCUCUCAGUGGGACCCUCCCCAUUUAUAUCCCGCGAAUCAUCUACAUUUAGCCUGGAGGGAGAACUGUCGAGUGCAAUCAGCGUCACCAAGGAUGCCACUAAAGAUGCCAUCAGUGCCUCGCUGGAUCUAACCAAAGGGGCGUUCUCAUUAACAAAAGAUGCCUUCAGCAUGCUGAGCCGUGGCUCAGGCAUGAGUAAAUUGUUCAGUGCACAAGUAAGGGAACAGAAUCCGCGUGCAGAAGACUCCCCCCCUUCUCUGCGGCACCAAUCCUUGAAGCAUUCGCACUCCCAGCAAUCCUUUGAUAGUGCCAUUUUGGAUGGCAGCCUCCCUGAUGAAAAUCUGUCUAUUGAUAGUGAUUUUAGCAACAAUUUUGUUGUUCUCAUAGACUCAGAAUCAGGUUUGGAGUCUUUGCGCCUCAACAACACACCCGCAGGGAGCCGCGGAAGCCCAGCCCCCGGAGCAGAGGGAGGCUCGUCGGCUGAUCUCAGCAGCUCCCUCUCUCAAAGCACAGACGAUGUAUCUCAGGACAUGUCCUCAGUGUUGCUUCUGAUCCUGAGUGGGACAGCUUGUACUGUGGAGGUACAAGGAGAAGACCAAACUGUUGCUGUCCAAGUACAGAACCUCACUCCUGUGCAGUUGGGCAACAUCAGACAGUCAGAGAUUCUGGCUGGUCUCGUACAAGCUGCAGGCGAACCAACACAUAGGCAAGAUAAGCAGGGAUGCAGGAAAUCCCCAGCGCUCUGCUUGCGGGCAGAAAUGGGCCCGUCUGCAGCUCGGCGCUCUGCUCUGGAUGAAUCCCAAGGUUUUCUGGAUGUGAGACUUCAGGACUGCCAGGCAGAGUUGUUAGCCUCAACAGUAACUAACAUCGGUCCUUUCCUUGAAGAUGAGUUCAGUGUAGACGGUCAGCCAGUAAGGUUACACUUGUCCAACGUCGCUGUAACUUUCAAGGAUGAUGGACCCAGAAUAUACCCCACUGCUCCUCAACCUGUCCCUGCCAAAUUUAUUAUAGAUCAGAUGCUGCUGCAGCGAAGUGAUGAUGGCAUCAUGAGAAUCAAAGCUGAAGGUGCAAACACUAAACCCUCAGCAGAUGUUCCUGCUGCUGGCUUUGACACGUUUAAUGGCUCAGACUCUGGCCAACAGCAAAAUGAGAGACAAACACUGGAGGCCCAGCUCUGUGACACUCAGGCUGCACUCACACAGGCCCUCGGUGAGAGAGAGCGCCUCCUGCUGGAAGUAAGGAAGUACGACCCCACCUUUACACUCUGAUCCUCUUAGACACUGACCCCUGAUCUCUGGUGCUGCUGAGAAAUGGUGAUGGGAUGUGUCAGACUUGAUGUUAGGAAUAGCCGAGCUAAUUUAAAGUCAUUUCUAAAGAUAGAUCUGGGAAAACAGGAGGUGAAUCCAAACCAUGUCUUCAUAUCACUUCCAACUGGCUCACACAGUCCAUGAGAUUACAAACAGCCCCGCUGUAGCUGUUACUAGAAACCUGGACUUCACUUUUAGGGACAAAAUGGUUCUUUUUUUAAUCUGGCAGUCUUGGUAUUUAUUACUGAUGUGCUAAACAGAUUUACUCUUGUUUUUCAAACGAAUCAGGGUGGACUGUGACCAUUCUGUGAUUUCAGUUCAAAACAAAGCAUGCAACAUAAUGAAGCUUUAAAUCUUUCCACUUAUUGUAUGUUAUGGAAAUGUUGCACAGACAAUGCCAGACAUCUAUCUGUCACUUCUCUUACACGGCAUGCUUAGUGAGCAGUGCUAAUUCAAUAACAAAUGUAGCACAUUUUUUUAUUGACCAUUUUAGUGCUGGGUUUAUCACUGUAGUUAACUUCUGUUUGGUGUAAAAUAGGAAAGAAAAUAUCUCAUUUCAUUUUGAAGUGUCAGUUUAUACAGUUUUGUGAAAGGUAGAAGAAAAAAUGCACUUUUUUAUUUAUAAAGCAAGCGUUCAUUUAUUUCAUAAGACGUUCAAAGCAUCUCCCUCCACCUUCUAUAGGUUAAUCACCAGGUGGAAAAGGUACACACUCAUACUAAGUUCUCAUUGUCCUCAAGGAGCAGGUUGGAUUAUUUGCCAGUGUUCUUUUAUUUUGUGUAUUUGAAACAUUUCUUUAAUACUAUGAAACAAUGUCUUCUGUGGGCGAACGGCCACUGAAGACAGCAUGCCUUACAGUUUGUCCCUUCCUCUUUGUGGAGAACAUUGUGCACAGAGCUUAAUCAUCUGCCCUGGAGAGGUUUGUGAUUAGAGAGACACAGGACUUGGUUCUCCUUAACAUGACUGUGUAGCUUGCCAAGAGACAAAUCACAAAGCAUGUGUGCUAUAGUGGUCAAAAAUGUCUUUGUAUUAUUUUACUUGACUGUAUUUAUUUUACAUUCUUUAGUGUUUUUUUUUAAACAAUAUUUUUAAAAGGUGGUACUGAUUAUAUGAAAGAUUAAUCAAAUAAUUUAAUAGUGUUUCUUUUGAUCCACAUUUGUUGCCAGUCUUGUGGUUCCCUGUAGGGAAACAACAUAAGUUGUUUUGUUGAAUCUGUUUUUUUUUUUUGUGAAAGUGCUUUUUUAAAAUCUUUGGACUCCAAUUUGUAGCAGUAUAUGAGUACGUGGGAGACCUCUGGUGGCAGAGACUUGUCAUAGUGAUUUCCAUUUAAAAUAUUUUAGUCAAGUGACACUGGAAGCAUCUCAAUACACUAGAAUACUUUUAAAAAGUAGAUUUAUUUCAGCAAUGCGCUUUAAAAAGUGAAACUCAUGUAUUACAUAUGUUGAUUACACAGAGUGAUGUAGUUCAAGCAUUUAUUUCUGUUGACUUUGGCUUACAGUUAAUGAUUUUGAAAAGUGUUUGAAAGUUCGAAUAUUACAAUACUACAUUAGACCAAUAAAAUGAGCAGAAUGGCAUUUCUGUUUUAAAAAAAAAAAAUUGCUAAUGCAGAAAUGCCAACCAAGUCAAAGGUAUUUCCAAUGCACUGAACAGUAUCUGGAGUCAAUACUUGGUCAGGCAGGAUUCCUUUUGCAAUAAUUACUCCGUCGAUGAGGUGUAGCGUGGAACAAUCAGCCUGUGGUGCUGCUGAGGAGUUAAGGAAACCCAGGUUUCCUAAAAAGUGACCUUGCUUUGAGAGCCACUGUGCAGGCGCCAGUUACAACUUGGAAAAAAGCAUGUCAGCAGAGAAAGGCAUAAAGUGCUCCAAAAUUCCCCAGUAAACGGCUGCUCUGACUUUUGUUUAGGAUCACUAAGUAAAAACCCAGUCCUUUAUCUCCUCUACUCAGGUAAGAAGCAUCUGAAGCUGUCUAUGUUUCAGGAGUUGCUUAACACAAGGAAAGCAACAGUUGUCGCUUGUUUCCUGGGUGCAUCUACAUGUGUUGGUUCUUUAAGCUCUGACUCUAGCCAAAGUCUAGGCCUGUGGAUCCUGCCCAGCGCUCUUGAAUCCUAGUCCUCUCAAGGCUGCAGUUAUUGCUUGUAGACCUUUUUCCUUCUACUCAAUUUCCUAAUGAUAUUGGAUACAUUGCUGGGUGAGCAGCCAUCUUCUUUUGCAAAGACAUUUGUGGCUGAACUUCCCUGCAUAGGGGUUCUAAUGACAGUCUGCUAGACAAGUGUCGAGUCAUCAGCCCUUUGCAUGAAUGUGUGGGCCAAAACAUUUCUGUAUAAUCAAAAUCAACAGAAACAAACACUUGAAAUAUAUGAAUCUGAAUUACUGCAAUAGAUGAAAUGUCUUUAAUGAUAUUCUGAUUUGAGAUGCACCUGUAUUUUCAGACAGACUUGCAUCCUUUCAGACCACUGUUGAUCUAGGCUAUAGAAAGACUAGUGUUACACAAAACCUGUCUAAGAAAGUAAAUGUUACAUAUUUUUGAAUGCUUAUUACAUGUUUGAGAUGACUACCUAUGUAUCAUAAAUUUGUAUUUACACUCAGCUGCAUGCAGAGUCAAAAUAAUCCUCAAUAUGUUGGUGUACUAAAGCAGAUAUACUGCCCAUUUACCUCAAUACAUGUGAUCUUUUUAUUCGUUUUUGCUGCUUUAGUUUCUGCAUGGCCUUAAUGGACAAAGAUGUUCCAUAUUGGAUGCAACAUGUAGCUCUGAGGUUUCCUCUAGUUCCUCUUUUAGAACUUGGUGUUAAGUAGCAUCUGUUUUUUUUUUUUUUUUUUAUGAAACUCUGGAGCUUUUAGUCAAAUUUCCACUAAACCUGUUGCACUAGACUUCCCUUGCAGCCCCCAGCAGACUAGGCGUUUCCAUGACAAUGUAACUUGCCUACUGUGCCAUGCAAAUAGGAGAAGCAGACAAGUAGAGGGGGAGUGAUAGGUGUUCUCUCAACCUGGGAUGCUGAAGGGAUUUUGUGUUUAUGCUUUGUGAGUUACUUGCACUUGUUUUGAUGUAAAUCACUUCAAAAACAUUGCAUAUGAGUCAUUGUGGAAGUGUUAAGUGGUGAAUAAAAAACUGGACUGUA